AUGACUUCUGAUUCUUCCAAUUUUUGGACAUUUAUUGCUCAUGCAUUUAAUUGGAUCGUAACUUUAAUUCUUCCACAAAAAAUUGAUGGAUCUUGUAAAAAUCAUUCAAUAAAUUUUAAUGACACGCCUUCAGCUGGAGAAUUUAUUUCAAAUUUGGAAGGUUUUCAAAUUGUUUUUCUUUCUGUUGGAAGUGGCUUAAUUUUAUUAAUUUUACUCUUGGCAAGUAUACAUUGGUGGUAUAUUUUCAAUUAUGUUUCGUCAGAACAAAGAAGAAAUAAACUUUAUCUGCUUAUUUCACUAUUUCCGGUUUGUUCCUGUUGUUGUAUGGUUGGGAUGUUUUGUCCCCGAACAGCUUUGCUAGUCUCAUCUUUUGGUCUUCUUUAUUUUCUUCUUUGCCUCUUUGUUUUGGUCUCCUUAAUGCGUCAUUUGGCUGGUGGAAGGGCUGCUUUAUCCAAUUCUUUGACUGAAAAAGGAAAAGUUAUUGACUUUAGAAGCCCUCCUUUUUGCUGUUUUUUGUGGUGUUUACCUAAAGCUAGACCUUCAAUUGUGAAUUUAACCAAACUCGAAUGGAUAGUUUUACAAGCACCUAUAGUUAGGGUUUUUAUUGUUUUUGGACAAGUUGUGGUUGUUGCUGAAGCUAGAGAGAAUGCUUACAAUUGGCUCCAAUUUUUUGAUCUCGCUACAUUUGCUUCUUUACUUCUUGCCAUUUUUGGAGUUCAUACAUUGGCACGACUUACUUCUGAAGAACUUUCUUGUUAUGGUUUUGGAGGUAUUUUCAGAGUUGUUGAUUUGGGACUUUUUCUUUUUACUGCUCAACAACCUUUUAUUUUUCAAAAUAUUUUACUUCGAUUUGGUGUUAUUCGUUGUGGUGUUGUUCUUUCUCCACAAGAAAAUGCUAGAUUUAUUUGUAAUUUUGCUAUAAUUUGUGAAUUAUUUUUACUUUCAUUAUUUUCAACAUUUUGGGUAUCUCCACACAGAAACAAUUUAUUUGAUCAAUAUAUUCGACGAAGAACUAAUUCAACAUCUCCACACAGAAGCAGAACUUCUUCACUUCGUUCAGUUAAAGAAAGUAGAAUUGACGAAGCAGAAACACCAACAACACCAACAAUUAAUAAUGGAAGAAGUUUAUCUAUAAAUGGAAAUACACAAAUAUCUGGUGCAGCUACUACAACAACACAAACAACUGUUUUAUUGGAUUUGGAUUGA